GUUUUAUCUUUCCCCUUCCAACAUCCGCUACGUUUCGAUCGUCGAGCGCUCCUUCUAGGGUUUCUGCUUCUUCUCCCCCCCACCAAAUCCAGGUCUCCACGCGAGUCGACGAGCGGCGCCGCCAUGGAGUUCGACGAGUACGAGUACCUAGAGAAGACGGUCGAGCCCUCCGCGCCGUCGACCAACGGCUCCGGCGAGAAGGACCGCGCCGGCUCCCGCCGGCGCUCCUCCGGCGGCGGCCGCGACGACGAGGAGCGCGGGUCGAAGCGCUCACGCUCCGGGGAGGACCGGGACCGGGACCGUGACCGGCACCGAGGCGGCGGCGGCGGCCGGGAGCACCGGGAUCGGGAUGACGGGAAGGAGAAGGAGAGGAGCAGCCGCAGCCGCGGCAAGGAUGCGGAGAAGGAUAGGGGCAAGGAUGGGGAGAAGGAUAGGAGCAAGGAAGCGGAGAAGGAUAGGAGCAGGGACAGGGACAGGGACAGGGACAGCGAGAGGGACAGGCGCAGGGAGAGGGAUAGCGGGAGGGAACGAAGAAGCAGCAGCCGCCCUGAGCGUCGCCGCACGGAGGAGGAGGAGAUGGUGAGGGAGCUCCAGAAGGAGCGCGAACGCAGCGACCGCAACCGUGACUACCGUGACCGCGAUGUUAGACGUAGGAAAGAUGACGGUGCAGAGCCAGAAGCUGAUCCAGAAAGAGAUCAAAGGACUGUAUUUGCCUUCCAGCUAUCUUUGAAGGCAGAUGAAAGAGACGUCUAUGAGUUCUUCUCAAGAGCAGGGAAGGUCCGUGAUGUUCGCCUUAUUAUGGACAGGAACUCGCGGCGUUCCAAAGGAGUUGGGUACAUUGAGUUCUAUGAUGCUAUGUCUGUUCCAAUGGCGAUAGCUCUAACUGGUCAGGUGCUUCUUGGGCAACAAGUGAUGGUUAAGCCCUCAGAGGCUGAAAAGAAUCUAGUUCAGUCAAACGUGGCAUCAGGUGGAAUAGCUUCAGGUGGAGCAAGAAAGUUGUAUGUUGGCAACCUACAUUCCAAUAUCACUGAGGAUCAAUUGAGACAGGUAUUCGAACCAUUUGGGCAAGUGGAGCUUGUCCAGCUGCCGGUAGAUCCACUAACCGGGCUAUGUAAAGGUUUCGGUUUCAUCCAGUUCGCACGGCUUGAAGAUGCAAAAGCUGCUCAGAGUUUAAAUGGUCAGCUUGAUAUUGCUGGAAGAGUAAUUAAGGUCUCGGCUGUUACUGAGCAAGCUGGUUUGCAAGUUGGGGGUGCAACUACGGGAGAUUUAGAUGAUGAUGAAGGUGGAGGUUUGGCAUUAAAUGCAAGCUCUAGAGCUAUGCUGAUGCGUAAAUUGGACCGGAGUGGCACUGCAACCAGCAUAACUGGUGGUAUUGGUAUUCCUGGUGUGAACACAUCUGUUGAGUUACCGUCUGCAUCGGUUACUGGUGCUCCUCUGCCAACCACUUCACUCAUACAACCAACAAUACCUGCUAUUGGAACAGUUCCUGGCAUACAAAUUCCUGGUACUCAAUCUGCAGAUAUUGGUUCACCUACUGAGUUUCUAUUGCUGAAGAACAUGUUUGACCCUGCAGUGGAGACAGAUCCUGAUUUUGAUUUGGAUAUUAAAGAUGAUGUCCAGGAUGAAUGCUCAAAGUUUGGUGCAGUAAAUCACAUUUUUGUUGACAAAAAUACUGCUGGCUUUGUGUACCUUCAUUUCGACAGUGUAGCAGCUGCGACAGCUGCUCAACGCGCACUGCAUGGUAGAUGGUUCGCAGGAAAGAUGAUUACAGCGACCUUUAUGACUGCUCAGCAGUACAAAAUGAAGUUCCCAAACUAGCAGACUAGUGAUGGGUGGCAAAGAUCGAGUUGGCAUACAAGUGUGUGAGGUGAAUCUGGAGCCGUUCAGCCGUUCGAUCAAAUUCGUAAUAGUGGAGCAGCUACAUUAGUUCGUUUCCUGUAACAUUAUGGCGUAUUGGAUGAAUCUCGGUCCGAAUAGUUGCAUCGUAAUGAUGACUGAAUAUGUGAUCAACUGCUUAUCACCCUUUUUGAUAGGAACUGUUCCCGGUGACAAGGCCCUUCUAAAGAAAUGCAAGACAACUCUGAUGUGUUGCCGGACAAAAA